AUGGCUGACAAUACUCCUUGGGGCCGGCGGCUCAUCAUCUGCUGCGAUGGAACUUGGCAGUCCAGCGUGAGCUCCAAAGACAACGUGCCCUCCAACGUGACGAAGCUCUGCCGCGUCAUCGCUCGCAUCGGCACCGAUCAGCACGACCCGAACAAGAGAUGGCAUCAGAUUGUGUACUACGAUAGCGGUGUCGGCACCGGCAACCUCAGCGGAUCGGAGGCUAGACGUCAAGGCGGGACUGGAGCCGGUCUCGCCGAAAACGUCAUCGAGGCAUACAACUUCAUCGUUCUGAACUACGAACCAGGGGACGAAAUCUUCUGCUUUGGUUUCUCGCGUGGGGCAUAUACCGCGCGAGCAGUCGCAGGACUUGUCACUGAUAUCGGCGUUAUCAGGCCCACAGACAUGCAACUUUUCCCGGCCAUUUAUCGCGCAUACAUGUCAAACGAUGAGAUGCUACCCUUCCGCGAGACGAAAGCGUGGAAGGAAUUCGUCGACGGCAAGCUCACCAGCAAAGGUCAAGAUCUGAGUAGAGCUGGUGAGAUUAAGGGGUUGAAAGACCGAGUGCAGAGCUUCGAGAUCAACCCUCAUCACAGCUUGCUUGCUGCAGAAGGUAGUCGCAAGGUCAAGGUAGUCGGUGUGUGGGACACAGUGGGAAGUUUGGGCGUUCCAGACGUCGCAUGGUUCGACAAUGAGAGAUUCCGGACCAAGUACGGAUUUCACAACGUCAAACUGAACGAGAAUAUCGAGCAUGCAUACCAUGCGCUAGCAUUAGAUGAGCACCGCAAAGCUUUUCGGCCAACCCUAUGGUACAUAGACAACGAGAUGCGGGCACGCCUGACUCGGGAAGGCAAACCUCUCCCCGAACUAAAACAAGUAUGGUUUCCCGGGGUCCACAUCAACGCCGGCGGCGGCGCAGACGACUGCAUCACAGACAUGAAGGGCGAUCUAGAGAACUUGUCGACCGCAACCUGGACCUGGAUGCUGCACUGCAUAUCGCCGCACCUCACCAUCGACCAAGACGCCUUCAAGUCCUCCCUCGGCCAAUACCAGCGCUGGCUUGCCCGCAUCCGCUACGCGUGCACCUACCACCACACCACAUGGCUCGAUACAAUCAAGUCCACCAUCCCCAACAUCCCUAUCCUGAAUCCAGCUACGGACCCACUACUCCCACCGCGACGCGAUCCCGUUCACACGCACCCCGAAUUUGACUAUGGCUGGGGCACCGGGCCCAUCGUGGACUCGUACACGGGCAUGUACAUCCUCAACGGCAGUCUGCCACGUGUACCCGGCAAGCUGCAAACCGAGGUGUACGACCAGAAAGAGGAGGUAGCGACGCUCGACGACAUCUCGAAAUUUGGUGAGACAAACGAGUACAUCCACCCCAUUUGCGAGUACCGCAAGAUUGUGCGCGGGAAAGAGGACGACUCGGCACUGAAAGCGUACACGCGAAAGUACGAGGCCGCACCUGGUGGCAAGGAGGGCAGGUUCUGGUGGUAUCGGGAUGGGAAGCGGUUGCCUGAGUGGGUUAUCAUGGAGCAUGGGGACGAGGGCGUGGUGAACUUCGAGAGGACGUGGUAUGAGAUGUGUGAGACGAAUGAAAAGGCAAAAAGUCGGUUAAGGGAGGCGGGGUAUGAGAAGGACUUUUUGGUUGCGCUGGAUGAGAAGGUGGAUUUCGGGGUGGGUGAAAAGCCUGGGUAUAUGUAUCCAUAACGGACAUAUCUUUUUUUGUCUUGGCUGCUAUCUUAUCAGUGUCU